UUUAUUGAUUCUCUCUUUGGGCACAUUCACUUCAAUCACAUUCAUUCCACUCAGUCUUCUCUUACAUUCUCUUUUUUUCCACCUACCAAACACUCUUUCGCAUACUUUCUCUCCUGCCAACACAAUGUCCUCCGAGACAAAGAGCAGGAAGCCUGCCAACACGGCCUUCAAGCAGCAGCGACUUAAGGCUUGGCAGCCCAUAUUGACACCCAAAACAGUGCUGCCUACGUUCCUACUUGUUGGUAUCUUGUUUGCUCCUCUCGGUGGCCUGCUGCUCUGGGCGAGUGAUACUGUUGCGGAGGUCAAUAUUGAUUAUACACAAUGUGAUAAGGUCGGUCCUACAUUUGUCCAGGUCCCGCAGGACUCAUAUUCAGUCAAUUUUCCCGGCUCCUCUGGUGACGGAGUGCCACCAGAGUACAAAUCAAUCCCAGCAGUUGGUUCCGGCAACGGCGAGACUUGGCAAACACGGAAAUGCACCAUCAAGUUCAACUUGCCUGUCACCUUGAAGAAACCCGUCUUUGUCUACUAUCGCCUCACUAAUUUUUAUCAGAACCACCGUCGCUAUGUGAAGAGUUUGGACGCAAAGCAGUUAUCUGGAGCACCACGCAGUGUAGCAGAACUUAAUGGUGGUUCAUGUGAACCACUUGCCAUUGUCAAAGAGAAUGGGGUCGAUUACCCCAUCUAUCCUUGUGGUUUGAUCGCUAACUCGAUAUUCAAUGAUACGCUGGGGCUUUUCUUGUACCCAUCCGACAGUAACACUAACAAUAACAAAUCAUAUAUCCUUACCGAUACUGGGAUCUCAUGGAGCAGUGAUCAAAAGAAGUAUGGGCCUCCAGGAUACACAGAUCUAAGCAUGGUCCGACCCCCACCUAACUGGGCAAAAUACAAAAAAGGAUACUCUGCUCAAACCCCGCCCAUCAAUCCUAGCGAAGAUGAGCAUUUCCAGGUCUGGAUGCGCACUGCUGGUUUGCCUAACUUUAGGAAGUUGUAUUCCAAGAAUGAACAAGAUGAUCUGUUGAGCGGAACUUAUACCAUUGAUAUUGACAUGAAUUAUAAUGUCACAUCGUAUGGAGGCACAAAGUCGCUGGUGAUUUCGACAGUGUCGUUUAUGGGAGGACGUAACCCAUUUUUGGGUAUUGCAUAUAUUGUCGUAGGUGUUCUUUGUGUGGUUCUGGGACUUUUGUUCACUGCUCGCCACUUGUACAAGCCUCGACGACUGGGCGAUCAUACUUAUCUGUCCUGGAACCAGAACGCAGUGUCAAAUCAAGCUAUGACCAAUGCAGCCACGUCUGCCACGACUACUGGUGCAAGCGCUCGUUACUAGAUGUAUACCAAAGGCAAAUAGUGCUGUUCUCUCUUUAAUACUUACACAUAAAACUAAGUAACAUUGAAUUACACUCAAUAAAUAUCGCCUUGAGACUGCACAAACAAA